GCUGCAGCUGGCGUCCUGGGCCCUGAUGGAGUCCUGGCUGGGCCCUGAGGCUGCUGCUCCCUGCCUGGGCUGGUCAGCCCUGCUGCUUUGGGUCUCACUCCUGAGCUGUUCUGUGUCCUCAUCAGCUCCUCCUUCUCCUCUGGUGCACCAAGUCAGAACCAGAUACAAUUUUGGAAGGACUUUCCUCGGCCUUGAUAAAUGCAAUGCCUGCAUUGGAACAUCUAUUUGCAAGAAGUUUUUUAAAGAAGAAAUAAGGUUUGACAACUGGCUGGCCUCCCACCUUGAACUGCCUCUGGACUACUUGCUUUCUUACCCUGCAAAUUACUCAGAUGAUUCUAAAACCUGGCGUCCCGUGGAGAUCUGCAGGCUGAUCAGCAAACACCAGAAUGAAAUCUCAGACCAGAGAAUCUGUGCAUCUGCAGCAGCCCCAAAAACAUGCAGCAUUGAGCAUGUCUUGAGGAAAACAAGAAGGUUCCAGAAAUGGCUGCAGGCCAAGCGCCUCACACCGGACCUGGUGCAGGGCCUGCCUAGCCCCCUCUUACGCUGCCCCUCACAGCGACUUCUGGACCGUGUGGUUCGGCGCUAUGCUGAGGUGGCUGAUGCCGGUAGCAUCUUCAUGGACCACUUCACGGACCGUGACAAGUUGCGCCUGCUCUACACGUUGGCUGUCAACACGCAUCCCAUCCUCCUACAGAUCUUCCCUGGAGCCGAAGGAUGGCCACUGCCCAAGUACCUGGGGUCCUGUGGACGAUUCCUGGUCAGCACCAGCACCAACCUACUGCAGGAAUUCUAUGGUGCACCCCCAGACCAGGCAGCCGACCUGGCCUACCAGCUCCUCAGGGUCCUGGAGUCUCUGAGGAGCAACGAUUUGAAUUACUUCCUCUACUUCACCCAUGUGGAUGCCACCAUGUUUGGUAUCUUUAACAAUGGGCAUCUGUUCAUCCGGGAUGCUAGUGCCCUGGGUGUCAUCGACAAGCAGGAAGACUGCCAAGCAGCCACUAGGGCAGGAGAGAAUAAAGACAUCUUUAGCUGCCUGGUUACUGGCUGCAACACCGAGCUGCCCUCCUGUGAUACCAUCCCUGAGAAGCAGAGCCUGGUGCUGGUGUGUCAGCAGGUGCUGCCUCAACUUCUCCAGGGAAAGUUCCCCUCUCCAGUGCAGGAGCAGAUAGAUGUCCUUCUGGCUAAGUGUGGAGAGAGUACCCACCCAGACCCUGAAGUUCUAGGGGCUGCCAGCCAGCUGAAGGACAUCUUGAGACCCCUGAGAACCUGUGAUCCCAGAUUUGCCUACCGCUAUCCAGACUGCAAGUAUAAUGAUAAGUUCUAAUGGGCUGGAGCCUGGCUGGCCUCCAGGGACGACAUCCUUGGCUCUCCAUUUCCCAGCUGGGUUGUUGCAAAGUUGAAAGAAGCAGAUGUUUUAGACAUUAGCAGAAAUGCACAUUAAUUUCCCAGGGAAUAAGGAACACUCCAGUGACUGGAGGGCAGUUGUGUGACACAGUGUCAUUGUCUCCACUAGCUGGAACAUCACAAAAGAGCCAGAGGUGGGCAUCAGAAGAUCCAAGUGUGGACACUCACUCAACCUCUGAGCCUCUGUUUCCUCUGUUCUCCACCAGAGUCUCGAAUUAGUGAAAGAAGACAGAGAUGUAAAGGGCCAGGGAAAUAUGCUUCCUACUUUUAGCCCAGGUGGUUAUAAGGUAUGUUCAGAAGUAUACACAGGCAGGAUGAAUGAGGCAGAACAGUGGAGGUCAAGAGGCUGGCGUGAGGGGUGAGGCCCCUGGCCAGUAGCACGUUAGGUUAGACUCAGACAAAAGGGGCCCUUUCCUGCUCCCUCUACCUCUGAGCUAGCUACCUCUGUCACACUCCCCACACCAUGCCAGGAUAAGAAGACCGCAGGCCAAAGGCACAUAUGGAUAAGGACACACCCUGGAUGUCUGGGGCCUCAUACAGGUACAAGUAAAGCACAUCAUGGUGUGGGAAAGAGCCAGAGGUAAGAAGUGGGGGAUGGGCUGGAGGUCAGUGUGUUUAUCCAGAUCCUCUGAGAAGCAAGUAUCAAGACAGGAUAAAACAGUCAAGGAUUGUAUUAAGGAAGGUGCUUGUGUGGAAGGAAAGAAGGAGGGACUCAGAAACAGCUGGAAGAGCCAGCAGGCCAGAUUGCAAGUCUGAGCCCGAAGGUUGAGUAGGAGUAUUCUAGACUGCUUUACACAAUGGAAGGAAGCUUUGGCAAGGUUGUCAGGGUGUCCUUGAGCCAAAGCUAGCCAUUAGAUGAGCAACAAGUAUCCAAUAAUGGGCAUCCCUUAUGCCUCUGCUGCAGGGAACAGCCCAGGGAAAGCAUGGCAUCAGCCCAACCACAAAGAUGUAUUUUGAAGCUCAGUACAGGGCACCUAGCCAGUUCCAUUCCCUGGAACAAGAGGUCUGUAAGCAGACCAUUCUCAUUGUAGCCAUAGCUGGACCCAGGCCAGCUUUCUCCACUUUGUAGCCUCCAAUGUAGGACUCUAAGGAGUCUGAGAAUUUUCAUUGAAACUUGACCUUACAGGUUAUUAUAGAAUUUUUUUCAAGGUCAGCAACAAAACAUAUUUUACCAAGUGUUUGUUAGUUUGCUUUGUGGCUUUUAAAUAUUUAGCCGUGUGGUAUGUGGGCCUCCACAUAUGUUUUUGCCCUGGCCCCACAGACAUUAGUGGUGAGCUCUUUGAACCUUUGCCCAGCCUCCCUGCCAGCCCUGUCCCCCACAAGGACUUCUUAGUUAACCUCUCUUUUCUACCUCUGAAUAACCACCUUUAGGUUAGAAGGCCUGGCUUAACAGGCUUCACAGUGCAGACAUAGAAACAGAGGCCCAGGGAUGAAGAGUGACUUGCUGGGAUAGUUCAGAACCCUUGCUACCAAUCCAUGCUUUUCUUGCAUUCCCCUUCAGCCUCUGCUUCUUACCCUGGCCUACCUAAUUCUGGUCCUUUCACUCACAUUUAAAGUUGGGCCAACAAAAGUCCUAUUUUAUGGCAAAUAAGUUGCUUGAGGGGUUUGCCUUUGACUGCUCCAGGCACUAUCCCUGGGGCAGCCAUGACAGUGAAGGUGACAGGCCAAGCUUCUGGAAGGGCAGGGUCAGGCAGGCUGAGAGUCUGAGACAGUUGCCUUCUAGCCUGGUCAGAAUGAUAAGGAUUUAUAACCCUUUCCAACACCUUACUUUCAGCCCAGUGAAACUGAUCUUAGACUUCUGGCCUUCAGAACUGUGACAGAAUAAAAGCCUAUUGCUUCAGACCA